GUUUGUAAAUCAUCAACGUGCAUUAUUAAACACCUCUCUCGCUCUCCCUCUCAGGUGCAUCUGCUCUACCGAACCGUCAAGGCCUCAACCAGAUAGACUCCCUCUUCUCUAAUCUUCUUGCUCGUUUUCUUCUGGACCCAAUUCUGAAAGGUACUCACUGUACGAGCCUCACUAUACAGCGAAAACCAAGUGUUUCCCCUCUUUCAUUUCUUCUCUCUAACCUGCACAAAUUCGAAGGGGAGAGGGACCGAGAGUUGGGCACGAUGAGUUUCAGGGAGGAGACUGAAGAAGCCAGGGAUCUGAAGAAGCCAUUUCUUCACACCGGAAGUUGGUACAAACUGGGAUCGAGGCAGUCCAGUAUGAUGAGCUCGUCUCAGGGGAUUCGCGACCGCUCCAUCUCCGUUGUCGCCUGCGUUCUCAUCGUCGCCUUGGGCCCUAUCCAGUUUGGUUUCACUAAUGGGUAUUCUUCGCCUACGCAAUCGGCCAUCACCGAGGAUUUAGGACUUUCAGUAUCCGCGUUCUCUCUGUUCGGUUCUUUAUCAAACGUGGGUGCAAUGGUUGGGGCAACAGCCAGUGGUCAGAUUGCAGAGUACAUUGGGCGAAAAGGGUCUCUGAUGAUAGCAUCCAUCCCAAAUGUUAUUGGUUGGCUUUGCAUUUCAUUUGCUAAAGAUUCUUCUUUUCUGUAUAUGGGAAGAUUGUUGGAAGGAUUUGGUGUAGGAAUAAUCUCUUACACGGUUCCUGUAUAUAUUGCUGAAAUAUCACCUCACAACAUGAGAGGGGCGUUAGGUUCAGUUAAUCAGCUCUCAGUCACAAUUGGAAUAAUGCUGGCUUACUUGCUGGGUCUUUUUGUAAAUUGGAGAGUGCUGGCAGUUCUGGGUAAAGCACUCGCUUUCGUGUCUUGGCAACUAUCCAGUAUAUUCAUGCUGUUUUAUUAAUUCCUUCUAAUUUGU